AUGCUUCCUACGGAGCUUCUUCAGGAGAUCUUCUCACGGCUGCCGGCGAAAUCCCUCUUGCGGUUCAGGUGCGUGUCCAAAUCAUGGCGGCGAAUCAUCGACGGUCCAGAUCUCGUCAAAUCACACCUGAAGAAAUCCGCCGAAUCAUACCGUAACCACACCCUCAUCCUCACGGAGACCGGCAUGAACUACCACGUCCUCGAUUUGGGCCCGCUCGACAACCCUAGAAAAGCCCGCGUCUGCAAACCACCUUUCACCGGCGGCGAAAUUGAAGACGUUUCUAACCCAUGUAAUGGCAUAAUCGUUGUCUCAACCGAGACCUUCGGCCUGCUCUACCUGUGGAACCCAUUUCUAAAAAAGCACCGGGCUUUUCCCGAUUCCCCGUCUAGAUGCACGCGCGGCCACCAUUUUCCCGAGCAGUUAUUGGGGCUGGGAUACGACCCGAUAAACGACGAUUACAAAGUUAUCCGUAAUUUGGAGUGUAAACACAUUGCGCAUCACCUUGUGUGUUCGAAAACUGAGGUCUUCACAUUCAGGUCCAAAGUGUGGAGGGAGGUGGACCCUUUCCCCUGUUCUCUCUCGUGCACUUAUCAGUUGUGGGUUGGGCCUGUCAAUGGGUCUCUGCACAUGCUGUGUGCGGAUUCAUCUCAUGAUUGUAAGAUCGUGGGAUUUGGCAUCGAGGCCGAAAAGUAUUUCGAGGUUUUGUUUCCUUUGAAAGUCCCGGCUAAUACCAUUAUGGGGUUGGAUUUGCUUGGUGAUUGUCUUUGUGUAUCCUGUUUCGAUGAGUCCCGGGUGAACAUAUGGGUGAUGAAGGAGUACGGGGUUAGAGAUUCUUGGACUAUUCUGACAUCGGUUGAUUUACAUAGAUGUGAGAGCCCUCUAGUUUAUUUCAAGCCGCUGGUUUACUCUGAGGAUCGAAAGAAGGUUCUGUUGUACAGCAAUGUGUUUGAGUUUGUUUGGUAUGAUCUGGAGAUGAAAACUAGAAGAAAAAUUCGAGUUCGUGCAGUACCCUAUUUGAUUCAGCUUGUGCCUUGUGUCAAGAGUCUUGUUUUUCCGGGUGGCUCGAGGGAAGAGGUUAAGAAAGAUGGGUGGCAAGUGAAGGAAAAUAAGGUUAAGAAGACAAGAGAUGAUUUCCUCUCCAAGGGGUUCAAGUUGAAGCUGUAA